UGUCCUUUGGUUGGUGCCUUUAAUUUGAAAGUACUAGACGGAAGAAGUAAUAUAUGCUGCCGUUAAACCAUCUGCUAGCGAGCGAACAAGAUCGCACAUAGUUCUCCAGAGGAAAAAACGUGUUGAAUUGUAGUUUUAUCACUGCCAUGUUAGUCGUAAGAGAGUCCAGUUUACGCUGGUAGCGGUAUCUGAUCUGUUUUAAUACAAGAUGAACUAGAUAGCUAAAAACUCAACGUUAGAUAGCGAACGUAACAGCUAGCUAACGUUAGCUAACAGUUUGUUUUUCGUUGAUAGACAGACUACGUUACCUAGGUUAGUGAUAAACAAGUCUUAGCCAGCCUCUUUAAGAACACUCGUCGACAUGAUCCUCUCUCGUGUGAAGCCAGCAGUGGGAGGAGAGGCACCGGUGAGCAUCGGUGAGAAAAAGAAGAAAAACAAAACAAGGGUCCCCCCCUUAGAGGAAUACCUGCAACAGAGGGACUACCUAGGGGCUUUGACCCUGUUAGAGUUUCAGAGAAGUAUUGGUGAAAAAGAGGAGCAUGCAGACCUCUGGAUUGGCUACUGCGCCUUUCACUUGGGUGAUUACAAGAGAGCUAUGGAGGAGUACAAGUCUCUGACCAUGAAGCCGGAAUGUCCUGCUGAUGUGUGGGUCUACCUGGCCUGUGCUUUGUUUUUUCUGGGGCUCUAUAAAGAGGCAGAGGAGGCUGCAUCUAAGGCGCCAAUGUCCCCCCUCCAAAACCGACUGCUCUUCCACUUGGCUCACAAGUUCAACGAUGAGAAGAAGCUGAUGGGUUUCCACCAGAACCUGGAGGAUGUGACAGAGGACCAGCUGAGCCUGGCAUCCAUCCACUACAUGCGCUCCCACUACCAGGAGGCUAUAGACAUCUAUAAACGCCUUCUUCUGCAAAACAGAGAUUUCCUCGCCCUGAAAGUUUACGUGGCUCUGUGUUACUACAAGCUGGACUACUAUGAUGUGUCCCAGGAGGUGUUGGCUGUGUACCUGCAGAGUAUGCCGGACUCCACUAUUGCUCUCAACCUCAAAGCCUGCAACCACUUCAGACUCUACAACGGCAAAGCAGCUGAGGCUGAGUUGAAGAACCUAAUCGACAUCUCCUCCUGCUCCUUUGAGUUUGCUAAGGAGCUUAUCCGACACAACCUGGUGGUGUUUCGCGGUGGGGAGGGGGCGUUGCAGGUGCUGCCUCCUCUGAUCGAUGUGAUCCCCGAGGCCAGACUCAACCUGGUCAUCUACUAUCUCAGACAAGACGACGUCCAGGAGGCCUACAACCUCAUCCAAGAUUUGGUGCCCACAACACCUCAGGAGUACAUAUUGAAAGGAGUGGUAAAUGCAGCGUUGGGACAAGAAAUUGGAUCAAGGGAUCACUUGAAAAUUGCUCAGCAGUUCUUUCAGCUGGUCGGAGGCUCGGCCAGUGAAUGCGACACUAUUCCUGGCAGGCAGUGCAUGGCCUCUUGCUUCUUCCUCUUGAGGCUGUUUGAAGAUGUUCUCAUAUAUCUCAACUCGGUCAAGGGUUACUUUUAUAGUGAUGAUACGUUCAACUUCAACUAUGCUCAGGCUAAAGCGGCCCUUGGCAGCUACAAGGAGGCAGAAGAGGUUUUUCUGCUGAUUCAGAGUGAAAAGAUCAAGAAUGACUAUGUUUACCUCAGCUGGCUGGCACGAUGCUACAUAAUGAAUCAGAAGGGUCGGCUUGCCUGGGAGCUCUAUCUGAAGAUGGGCACUUCCUCCGAUUCCUUCAGUUUGCUGCAGCUCAUCGCCAACGACUGCUACAAGAUGGGCCAGUUCUACUAUGCAGCCAAAGCGUUUGAUGCACUGGAGAAACUGGACCCAGGAUCCAAUUACUGGGAGGGCAAAAGAGGGGCAUGUGUCGGCAUCUUCCAGCUCAUACUAGCAAACAAGGAGUCCAAGGAGACUCUUAAAGAGGUGUUGUCUCUGCUGCGAAAUUCAGGAAACCCCCAGGUUGAAUACAUCAUCCGAGCUCUAAGGAAGUGGGCCAAAGACAACAGAGUCCUCCUCUCAUGACAGAUUUGGCCACCGAACUUCAGCUCACUAUAUCAAGAGUAGCUACAUUAUGCAGACAUCAGCACUCAUAAUGCAUUUAAUUUCAUUUAAUUAAACUGUAUGAAUGAUAUCUAUGCCCCAUAAAGAAAUAUGGAAUAUAAGAAUACACUAUUAUCUCUGCCACACUGUUGUUAAAAUGUGUAAGUUUUAAAUUGCAAAUCGUAUAUUUGUAUUAAAAUGUGACUGUAUUUUUUAAAUGA